AUGUCUGCCACGGAUCACCACGAUGCAUCGGCGCCAUCGAGCGUCUACCAGCCUUACACGAACUGCAAGACCCAUAUUGUAGACCUUCGGUGGCUGGGAUUGCCAGAGACCGCCACGGAUGAGCAGUACCGCGCAAUCUAUCAGCAACACGUGAGCAGGCCCGAGGGAGCGCAGUUACAAGCAGCCAUUGAAAGCAUCAAAUAUGGUCUUGCUCCUCCAGUCGCCUUUCCGUCAGAGACGGUGUACGGACUUGGCCACUCAGCAGCAAGCACGCCAGGCGUGACGUCCAUCUUCGCAACUAAAGGUCGGCCUUCCGACAACCCAUUGAUCGUCCACGCAAGUUCCAUUGCACAUCUUGAGCGGCUGAUCAAUGGCCCGAUUUCUCAUCGAUACGAAGCAUUGGUUAAGAAAUACUGGCCAGGCCCAUUGACGAUUCUGCUUCCUGUGCCUGAGCGGUUAAUCUUCAGCACGAAGGUCCAUCCUGGUCAAGAUACAAUCGCAUUUCGUGUGCCAAGCUCAAAGUACGCACGCUUCUUCAUUGCAGCCACAGACUUGCCUAUCGCCGGACCAAGUGCAAACAGCUCCGGUAAACCCAGUCCGACGACGGCUCAGCACGUUUUUGAUGACCUGAACGGAAAGAUCAACUUCAUCCUUGACGGAGGGCCAUGCGAUGUCGGAGUCGAAAGCACGGUCGUUGACGGACUCCAUGACCCGCCACUUAUCCUCCGACCUGGUGGUGUGAGUCUAGCUGAGUUGAGAGCACUUGGAGGGCACUGGUCGCAGACAUCCAUCGGCUACAAACCACACGUCACGCGGUCCAACACAUCGAUACCAAAUGGUACCGACGCCAACACCCCCGAUUCCAAUAACGAUACGCAUGCUCUAGACCUCAAUGGAGCGCCUCGAGCUCCUGGCAUGAAAUAUCGACAUUAUGCACCAAAUGCCAAACUUGUGCUGUUCUCUCAGAAUGCCGUCCUCGCAGGAAGAGUUCGUGAAAGAUUCGAAGACGUGCGCCGACAUGAUCAGAAUAUCAAUAUCGGUAUCAUUACUCGCCGCUGGCCACGCUUCGCGGACCUGGCUCCAGCCAUUCCCGACGCGCUUUCCGGGAACAGGAGUUCACGCAAUUCACAAGCGACCAAUGCGCCAAGUGGGGACGUUGCGAUCGCGGAACUACCCACACAGUCUCGCAAGCACAGCAUCUUUCUACACGAAGUGAAUCUGGGACCGGAUGUUGGUAGACUAGCACACGAGCUGUUCUUCAUCCUCAGAAAAUUCGACGACCUUCGGUGCGACUACAUCUUUGCGGAGAUGGUGGAACCCGAAAUCGAAAAGGCGGAUGAGACGGUGGUGGAUGCUGUUAUCGACAGGAUUGAGAAGGCUAGCGCUGAGCGGAUAGAUGAAUAG